UUCCAUACACGAGGCUAUAUAUUCAGUGGAUAUACAACAGAAAUAGUAUAGUUUGCAUUCCACUACUACUUGAAAAUAACUCAAGAUUAUCUGUUUGGUGAGAUACACGUGCGUUUUAAUAGCUCUUUUAGUGAGGACCAUGGAAGAAACUAGUUUAAAAUCGAGUAAUGUUAGCGAUGUUAGUGGGAACUAUACCAGUAGUUUAAAUAUCCUACCAUUUUUAACUGUCGGGCAAUAUAAUGAUUUAGAAGAAGAUUCGCCACCAAUAUUUACACUUAAUUCUCGCCACCAAGAUGGGAUGAUGGACGACGAAAGCAUAUAUGAAGAGACAGAAGACUCAGAUCCACGAGAAGAUUAUUCUCACUUCUACCGUGAGAGUGAGAGACUCUCAACGUUCCAUGACUGGCCUCAUUGGGCAAAUGUAACUAAGGAAGAAUUGGCCAAAAAUGGGUUUUUGUACCUACAUGUAUCUGAUCGCGUACAGUGCGUGUUCUGUAGAGCGAGUUUGGGUAGCUUUAAAACAGGUGAUAAUAUUGCUAAUCAGCACAGGAAAUAUUGCCCGGAAUGUCCAUUUGCGUUUGGCAAUGAAUGUGGAAAUAUACCCAUUUCUUCGGGUAAGGUAGUUUCACAGGCGACAUCCGUAAAAACAUUGAAUAGAACAAACCUUUUAAGAACGACUGCAGCUGGAAUCUUUGCUAAUUCUCCCCUAAGAUCAGGCCUGAUUCAUACAACUUCAACUCUAUACAGAGCCGAUACUGCCGUGGUCGUCCCAGAAUUACAAAGUGCAUCAACCCUGUCUUCGGUUGAUUCAAACCAAGGAACAGCAGCAGCUAUCACAGAGCCCAAGUACCGUGACUGGGCUGACGAACACACAAGGUUAUUGUCAUUUAGGGGAUGGCCCGCACACAUGAGACAAACACCGAGAGACUUGGCAGCUGCUGGCUUGUUGUAUAUGGAUCAGGCUGAUCGUUGUAAAUGCUACUGGUGCGGAGGUGAACUUCAUGGCUGGGAACCAAACGACAUUCCCUUGGUAGAGCAUGCAAAAUUGUUUCCACAAUGCGGGUUUGUAAGGCAGCAGAAAGGCGUUGAAUAUGUUAUGAACAUCAAACAUGGAGAGGGGUUGACAAAAAAGAAGCAGACAGCAACUCAAGAGCAAACAAGACCGGCAAUUGUUUCACCCAGCCAACCUGGUAUUUUGGUCAACCGGUCAGACGACUCAGUUGUCAUGACGGCACACGGUCAAAUAGUCGCCCAGCCAAGUGAUGCGACGGAUGAUGCCACAAGUCAGUCAAAGGCUGACGAUCAAGGGCUGGACCAUGAACCAAAUUCUGACCAUCUUACUAACCAACGUUUGCAAAAUCAGAGUUUUAUGAGGGACUCUAGUUCAUUACCCGCAACCAGAGUUCUGUAAGGUGAGUCGAACUGUAAGAAACAUAGUCAUUAGUGUCGAUGUGUCUUGUGUGAGGUUGAGCGCUCUAAAACCGGUUAAAACCCACAAUGCUUUGCAUUGACCGUUCCAAGGCGGUGACCCCAGCUUUAUUCUUAUAUGUGUUUAUGUUGUUUUGUAUUGUGCUGUUUGUACUGUUUUGGCAAUUGGUCACUUGCCUUAAAUAAAGGACUAACUAACUGUAUAUAAUGAGAAUACAAUACUGCUCAAGCAGCUGGAGUUACACUUCUUUAUAUUGAUUAGAAACUGACGUUUUGCAAACGGUUUUGCAUUUUAACAAAUUAAAGCACUUCUGAUUACAAUAUUGUUCAAUAGAUAUGCUCUCUUAUUACUAGGGGUGGUCUGCAUUUCUCAAUGCUUUCAUCUAAAGUUGGUUCACCACAUCAUUUCAAUGUUCCUAAAUUUAAACCAUAAUAAGUGUUCCGGUCGGAGACAUAUGCCCCCCCCCAAAAAAAACACACAAAAAAGCAACAACGUGACCUUGACCUUUGACCUAGUGACCUGAAAAUCAAUAGGGGUCAUCUGCAAGUCAUGAUCAAUGUACCUAUGAAGUUUCAUGAUCCUAGGCCUUAGCGUUCUUGAGUUAUCAUCCGGAAACCAUUUGGUGGACGGACCGACAGACGGACCGACCAACCGACAUGUGCAAAACAAUAUACCCCCUCUUCUUCGAAGGGGGGCAUAACAAAUAAGCUUUAGGUCAAUUGUAGAUGACGUUUUUUAUAAUUAAAUGAUAUUUUAUAACACUUUGUGCAUAUUUAUAGAGCCCAAUUCAGUCUUGAAAGAAAAUGAGAAGCUGAAAGAGCAGCGUGUGUGCAAGAUCUGCAUGCAUGGAUAAAGAAGUGUUAACCAUGAACAUGCCGUGUCGUCACCUAGCUACCUGCUGCUGUUCUAGAUACAUGUCCGAUAUGCAGAAAUCGGAUUUAUAAAAGAGUGAGCGUCUACUGGACCUGAUAGGAUUGCCUUGAUAAUAAUAUU